AGAUGUGAGGACCGCUCCACUGCUCCCUCAGAGCUCCCCCCCGUGCCCCUCCUCAGACGUGUGACCAACAAGUCUGCACUUGACCUGGACUUUAACCGUGUCCGUCUUUUUGCUUUUCUUUUCUUUUUGUGUGUGUGUUUUUUUAAUGUCGUCUUUGCCAGGAACGGUACCGCGGAUGAUGCGCCCUGCUCCCGGACAGAACUACCCCCGAACCGGAUUCCCUCUGGAAGUGUCCACUCCUCUGGGCCAGGGCCGGGUCAACCAGCUGGGGGGGGUCUUCAUUAACGGCCGGCCGCUGCCCAACCACAUCCGACACAAGAUAGUGGAGAUGGCCCACCACGGGAUUCGGCCCUGUGUCAUCUCCCGCCAGCUGCGCGUCUCUCACGGCUGCGUGUCCAAGAUCCUGUGCCGCUACCAGGAGACCGGCUCCAUCCGGCCCGGGGCCAUCGGAGGCAGCAAGCCCAGG